AGUGAACUACCUUCCUCAAUUUUUAUCACUAUAUUUAUAACACAAUGAGCGGAUACGUAACGGGAGCUGCCGUAGUAGGCAUGAAGUUUGAUGGUGGUGUGUUGCUCGCAGCGGACACGAAAUACAGCUAUGGACGACAGAACCGUACCAAUAACGUACAACGAAUUGAAAAGUUAGCCAAGGACACCAUUUUCUGCACAUCAGGGGAUGUGGCCGAUCACCAGUAUAUCACACAACUGCUCCAAGCAACAGUUAGACGAGAGAUGCUAGAUAAUAACAACGAUCAUGCAAGUUGCCACCUAGGUCCUGAAGCUUUGCACAACUACCUCGGCCGUGUCUUCUACGCAAGACGCUCCAAGAUGAACCCAUUGUGGAACUCAGCUAUCGUAGCAGGAGUCAGCCAAAAUGGCCCUUUCCUAGGAUAUGCAGACAUGUACGGAACGCAGUAUAAAGAUGAUUUUGUAGUAACAGGGAUGGGCAAGUACUUCGCAAUCGGACCACUAAGGGAAAAGCAUAACCCAAACAUGACCAAAGAUGCCGCUAGAGCAUUAGCCAUCGAUUGCAUGAGACUGCUCUACUUGCGCGACUGCUCAGCAGGCGAUCGCAUACAAAUCGCUUAUGUCACCGCCCAGGGCAUAGAAUUGGAAGAACCCAUGCAAAUACAAGCGGAAUGGGGAUAUGAAAAGUUCCUAGCACCAACCUGCCUAAGGCCUAUAGCUGGGUGCCAGUUCUAAUCAUAACAAUGAUGUAAUGUGGUAACUACUGUCA